GUAAUGUAAAAUUUUGAAAAAUUUCAAAACUAGAUCCAUCCUAAAUAACAAAAACUUUUUUGUCCCAACGACUUUCAAGUGACUUUUCGCAAAUCCUUGAAUUUAUCAUUUUAUAGUAAUAAAAGAUUGAGUGAUUUUGAAUGAAAAUUUGUUGAAAUAAAAUCUCCUUUGAGAGAUUAUUUCCUGCGACAAAAUAAAAUUAAAAAAAAAAAAGGAAGCUCGGGUUGAGGGGUUUCUGCAGACGAGAGAAAUUGGAAAUGCGCAUAUCGUAUUUCAGCGAUGUGACAGACGGCGUGAAACCAUUUCGCCAGUUGCAGUACUCUAAACGAAUGAUUCAUCCUACCUCUAUUUCCACUUGCGGCGUCGACCCUCCGCGCGCGCUAUUUACGCAUCAUCAAGUUUGAUGGGUCGCUAAAGGCUGCUGACUGAGACCUCCAUCGAAGGUUUAGGCUUUAUCAGUGACGCAAUAUAAUAUUUAAAAGGCAUUCUUAACUCUGUGUCAUCGAUAAAAGAUUAAUCGGACGUGGGUAUAUAUGCACAUUGCCGGAUUGUUUAUUCUCAACGACGUAUCCUAUGUGUUGAGUAGACGAUUGAAUCUCACUCAGCUGAUUAAGGAGAGCUUUGAUCCUAAGCUCAGUUACCUGGACUCAAUACGUGACAUACCGGUGGUGAGAGAAGUCUUUUAUUUGCCAGAUGAGCAUUAUAAUGCGGAAAAUCUGGCAAGAGAGCUGCGGCAGCUGGACAGACAGAACAGAAAUUUGAUACCUGAAUAUCGCAAUCUCUGCGAAACGAUAACGAAAAAAGUGGAAAUUAGUGAUUCCGAUUAUGAGUAUCAACCCCCGUAUUAUUACGAGGUCUACUGUAAGAGUUCCUUAUUACUGGCUGAAGAUCCACAAGUAAUGAAAGAAUUGCAACAGAAAUGCGUUCAUCCGGCAUUUCACUGCGUACAGAGAAGUCGGGUUCUGUCUUUGGUCAGACGACGCUGGGAGGAUGACUGUUGGGAGUCAUAUACGAAGGAAAUCGCUAGCGGUUGUGACUGUAUGUGGCCGGUCACUAAUCUUGGCGAGAUAAGCCAUCAUUACUGAUUUAAUAAUAAAGUUAUAUAUUAGCAAA